UCACAACCACAGGGGAAGGAAAAGAGGGAGGGACGGAGGAGAGCGAACGAUGAACAUAGACGGGGAGGGAUAGAGCGAGAGAGAGUACGGAGAGGGUAUAUUGACUCAGAGCUGGUCUGCAUGCUCCACAGAGUGUGAGAGACAGAGGAUGUGAACGCAGGCAAGAUGGAGCGCUGGCACAGAUGAAGACUGUCCCUGGUCCCGCUUGACAGUCCAGAUGAGUCUCUCGAAGCCCCCGCCACCGCCCUCCACCUCCCACCUGGCCAUCCCCCCCGCCUCCACGCCCAGCCCUUCCUCGUCCGCCACCUCCCCCUCGUCCACGCCCCACCCGGCCGCUCCUCCCCCGCCCUCGCCCGUCAAGAUCUCUAUGCAGGAGCACUUCGCCAUCAACGUGUGCCCGGGCCCCAUCCUCCCCAUCCCGCAGAUCUCCGACUUCUUCCCCCGUUUCCACGACUACCCGUGCACCCCGCCGCCGCCCAGGGAGAAGAAGAUCCUGAAGGAGGAGACGUUCAACGGGGAGACGGGUGGAGGGUUCAAGGAGGGGGAGAAGAAAGGGGAGAACGACGGGGACAGGGAGGAGAUGUUCGACUCGGAUGAUGAAGACACCUACCUGGGAACGCUGGAGUUCAGCCUGCUCUUUGAUCAAGAGAACAACUGCCUUCACUGCACUAUUCACAAGGCGAAGGGUCUCAAAGCAAUGGACUCCAACGGGCUGGCCGAUCCAUACGUCAAGCUCCAUCUUCUCCCAGGAGCCAGCAAGGCAAACAAGCUACGUACAAAAACCUUGAAGAACACCCUGAAUCCGGUGUGGAACGAAACGCUGGUGUAUCAUGGCAUCACAGGAGCCGACAUGACCACCAAAACUCUCAGGUAGGUCCAUGGCUGCGAAC